AUGGACUUUUACUUUACAUUAAACAAUGGUUAUAAAAUUCCUAAACUUGGACUUGGAACAUGGAUGUCAGCGAAUGGAGAAGUUGGAAAAGCAGUAGAGAUUGCGAUAAAGAAUGGAUAUCGACAUAUUGAUUGUGCAAAAGCAUAUGGAAAUGAGAAAGAGGUUGGAGAUGGGAUUAAGAGUGCUAUAGCAAAGGGGUAUGUUAAAAGAGAGGAAUUAUUUGUUACAACCAAAUUAUGGAGUACUGAUAAACAUAAAGAAGAUGUUCGACCAGCAUGUCUUGAAUCAUUAAAGAAAUUACAAUUAGAAUAUCUUGAUCUUUAUAUUAUUCAUAUUCCAUUAACAGCAGAUAAGAAAACAGGAGAAUUUACUGAAGAAAUACUUCCAAUUGAAGAAACAUGGAGAGAAAUGGAGAAAUUAGUUGAAGAAGGAUUAGUUAAAAGUAUUGGAGUAUCUAAUUUCAAUAUUAAAAAGUUAGAAGAGUUAUUAGCUAUUGCUAAAAUCCAACCAGCAGUUAAUCAAUUUGAAUUUCAUAUUUAUUAUCAACGACCAAAAUUACACCAAUUCUGUAAAAAACAUAAUAUUCAUAUCACAGGAUAUUGUCCAUUAGGAAAUCCAGGAAUUAGUUCAGGAGUUCCAGCGCCAUUUGAGAAUGAAGUUGUUAAGGCUAUUGCAAAGAAACACAAUAAGAAAGCAGCACAAAUUUGUAUUAAAUUCAGUAUUGCAAGUGGACAUUCAGUCAUUCCUAAAUCAGUUCAUGAAGAAAGAAUUAAAGAGAAUGGAGAAGUAUUUGACUUUGAACUUGAUGAAGAAGAUAUGGAGAAAUUAAGAGGAUUAGACAAGAACAUAAAAGUCUGUGAUAUGUCGUUUUAUUUUAAGGACGAAAACAAAAGAAAAGAGUUUUGGGAUGAUGAAUAA